AUGGCAGCUUCUGCCCUCUCUGCAGCGAUGGCAUCUGUCUCUUCUACCGACCCUGCUGCGAAAGCGACGUCAGCCGACAAUCCUCCUGCCCCCAGGAGGUUUAAGGCUUCUGAUCUUCCUCUCCCCUCUGCAACUCGAGCAGCCAUCGACUCCCUGGCGCACAGCUUCAAGAAAAAGGGAGGCUACGAUGCCAUCCGAAAGGAAGUCUGGGAUAAAUUUGCUGCAAGCGAUUACGAGGCCCAAGUGACAAAAGCCAUCCUCGAAGUCGCCGAACAAGAAGUCCAGCGAAAUCCCCAGCAGCUCCUCACCCUCGAUCGCGGCAAGGCUGCUGCUUUGAUUGACGGUGCCCUCGAACGAUCCGGUGUCUAUCAAAAGGCCGAGCAAGUUAUAACCCAACUUAUCGACAAAACUGCGAUCGAGGAGCGCAUGCGACUGUUGCGUCGUGCUGAUAUAGGCGAAGAGGAAGCUAUUGCAGAACAACAACGAGGGUCCAAGACGGACGAGGAAUAUCAUGCAGACACCAUGGCGAGACGAGCUGAACGGGAGAGAGUCCGCGAAGAACUGAGACAGAAGGAGCUGGCGAUUGAAGAAGAAAAGCGCAAAAUAGCUCGGGAAGAGCGUAAGAAGAUUGAAAAGGAGCGUGAAAAGGCCGAAGAACAGCGCAAGGCUGAAAGGGAUGCCCGGCGAGCUGCUAGGGAAAAGCUCCAGGCUGAACGAGAUGCCGAGCGGGAAGAGCGUCGUCGGCAAAGAGAUAGAGAACGGAGCCGAGACAGGGACCGCGAAAGAAGCCGGAGUCGGAGCCGCCGCAGAGACAGAGACAGAGACAGAGACAGAGAUCGCGACAGGGAUCGUGACCGCGAGGAGCGCGAUCGUGAACGCCGUGAGGAAAGAGAGCGAAAGCGCAAGGAGCGACAUGAGGAGACCGAGGAAGCUAAGAAAAAGCUAUCCCAGGAAGACAUGAAGAGGCUUGAGGAGGAAGCACUUGAGAACCUGCUUCGCGAAAGCAACCGUGGAGCGGCUAAGCAGCCAGAGAUGGAGAUCGAUGAGGCGCUGGCUCCUCCUCCUAGAAAGAUGGCGCCUGCGUCCGCUAUCAUGCCUCUCAAGAAGGUGUCUUCACGCGACACAACGAAAGCUUCAAAGCAAGAAAAGGUUCCUGACCCAGGCAAAAAGGAAACCAGGGAUACUAGUGUGGCAGCCACAACGAAGGCCGACAACACUGAACAACGGAAUGGAAGCCGGACCCGGAGUCGGUCAAGAGAUGGUGGAAAGGAUCGCGACCGUGAUCGAGAUGAGGACAGACGCCGCCCUCGAGAUGAUGACGAUCGUCGUAGGCGCGAUCGCCGCUCCAGGUCUCCUCGACCUCGUGAACGAUCUCGCGAUAGACGUGAUAGGUCUCGUUCGCGUUCGAGGACACGACGUGAACGAAGUCGAUCACGAACACGCACAGAGAGACGAGACAGGACCCGCUCCCCUUCACGUACCAGAGUCCGACGUGAUCGUAGUCGGUCACGACCACGCCAGGAUCGACGUGAUAGGAGUCGCUCUAGGUCUCGCACGACCAGAGAUCGCAGUCGGGACCGGCCACGCGCUGACAGACGAGAUAGAAGCCGCUCGAGGCCUCGGACUGAGCGUCGAGAACGAAGCAGGUCCCGCACUCGAGUGGAAAGAAGAGAUAGAAGCCGUUCACGCUUGAGAUCCGACCGGCGUGACAGAUCCCGCACGCGAUCUCGAGCUCGUGUGGAUCGUAGAGAUCGCAGUCGAUCUGCACGAGCUGACAGGCGCGGGUCUAUUCGUCAGGAGCGUAGUCGUUCUCGUACAAGACGCGAUCGUUCCUCUGAUCGGACGAAGGACCGAGAUCGUGAGCGUGAUCGCAGAAGCCGGUCUCGAUCGCGUCCCGCAUCUUCAGCUGUGAGAUCCUCGUCAAGAUUAGGCAAGGAAAAGGAUGAGAGAGAGGCGACGAAGAUGGACGAGGUCAGAAAACGAGAGAUAGAAGCCAAGGCGUAUCUGGCAGCACAGCGUGAGGCCCGGGAAAAGGGGAUGCCAGUCCCUGGAAUUGACGACAAGCGAAGCGCAGGAGAUCGGUCUCCUGAAGCCAAACGCAAACGUGACCUCGAUGAGAUCGAUCGAUACGUGCCUCCUGGCAGAGACAGGGAGCGACCACACGACCUCGCCAGGGACGACCGCGAUGAUCGCCGCCGCAGCCGAUCACGCAGCAGAAGCCGUGCGAAAGACCGCGAUAGAGAUCGCGAGAGGGACAGGGACAGAAGAGACAGAGAUCGCGACCGUGAUAGGGACCGUGAUAGGGACCGUGAUAGGGACCGGUCUAGAGAGCGAGAUCGUCGAGAUCGCGACAGAGACCGAGACCGUGACCGUGACCGCGACCGCGACCGCCGAAGUCGAAGAGAUAGGAGCCUAUCGUCGCGUCGGGACAGGAGGGAACAAAGCCGCAGUCGCCGCAGAAGCCGAAGUCGCUAG